AUGUAAGUUGCUGAAACUUUUAGAAAUGUGAUUAAUUUAUGCUAUAAUCUAUAAUACUAAUAGGCUCAAUAAAUGAUUAUUGCAUUAUACUAAUAAAUUAAUUAUUUGAUUUUGAACAAUCCAUUGAUAAAUUUGAUCUAUUAGGAUCUGCAGUAAUCUCUGAAAUAUUAUAAUACAAUAUAGUAAUUCAAAUUAUUUUAGGUAUUUCAAUGA